GCUCCUAUAUAACACCGGAAUUGGACAGCAUGCGCCGGGUUUGCGCCUCUUUCCCGUCUCACCAACCCCAUGAAAAGACCAUCGACAAAGCUGGCCCAGAACGACCAAGCUUAUCAGAGCAACCAUGAGGUCCACGAUCGCCGCGGCUUUGACAGCGCUGGCUGCUCAGGAAGUAGCAGGCCAUGCCACCUUCCAGCAACUGUGGGUGGACGGCACUGACUAUGGCUCCUCAUGCAUCCGCAUGCCGGGCUCCAACUCGCCCAUCACCAACGUCGGCAGCAGGGACAUCGUCUGCAAUGCAGGCACUCGCUCAGUCAGCGGCAAGUGCCCCGUGAGAGCAGGCGGCACCGUCACCGUUGAGAUGCACCAGCAACCUAACGACCGCAACUGCAAAAACGAAGCCAUCGGCGGUGCCCACUGGGGCCCCGUGCAAGUCUACCUGAGCAAGGUCAGCGACGCGACGACGGCCGACGGCGCCUCGACGGGCUGGUUCAAAAUCUUUUCCGACUCCUGGGCCAAGAAACCGGGCGGCGCCGUGGGCGACGACGACCAUUGGGGCACGCGCGACCUCAACGCGUGCUGCGGCAAGAUGGAUGUCAAGAUUCCCGCCGACAUCGCCUCGGGCGACUACCUGCUCCGCGCCGAGGCGCUCGCCCUGCACACGGCGGGCCAGUCGGGCGGCGCCCAGUUUUACGUCAGCUGCUACCAGAUCAGCGUCGAGGGCGGCUCCGGCACGGCCAACCCGGCUACCGUAAAAUUUCCGGGCGCGUACAGUGCUAGUGAUCCGGGCAUCAGGAUUAAUAUUCAUGCUGCCGUCGAUAAUUAUAUUGCGCCCGGUCCGGCCGUGUACUCGGGCGGCACGACCAAGAAGGCUGGCUCCGGCUGCGCCGGGUGUGAGAAUACGUGCAAGGCUGGCUCGUCGCCUACCGCGGUGGCCCCUUCGUCGGGCAACGGCGCCUCCGGAGGCUUGGAGGGAGGCGGAGGCGCUGCGGCCGGUGGUUGUACGGUGCAAGCGUACGGACAGUGCGGUGGGAAUGGGUACUCGGGGUGCACCCAGUGCGCGGCUGGCUAUACUUGCAAGGCUGUUUCUCCGCCGCACUAUUCGCAGUGCGCUCCUUCUGCUUAGCCUGUGUAAGUGGAUACAUCUUCGGGCGGAUGGCGGGAGAGUAAAGCGGGCAAGUUGGUGCGAGGGUGCCGCGAG